AAUUUGAUUUUUUUUUUUCUCAUUAUCGGACACUCAAUCUAGGGCUCUCGCACGCUGCUCCCGCCAUCCAUGAACGAUCGCAUUGUCGAAAAGUCUCUUUCUUGCUUCACGUUGGUUCAAUUGGUGCGUUGAACAGUUGUACAAUCAUUUUAUGCCUCAUACUCCGGCUCUUCCAUGGAGAGCUCCAACGACGAUGCUCGCCAGGAAUUCCUCGACCGUGGUUCUCGAGCCACCAGAGGGAAAAGGAUGAACAAGUUGCUUGAUGAGGAAAUUGAGCAGGACGAGGUCUUCUGGAAUCAGGAGGCUCUUAAAGAGGAAGAAAACGAUGAUAACUAUGAAGAAGAGCCUGAGGUUGCUGAUGAGUUUGAUAGUGACUUCGAUGAAGAUGAACCUGAUCCAGAUGAAGGAGGAGAAAAUGAAGCAGAGGAAAGAACAGAGAAAAAGAAACGACUGAUUCCCCCUGGGAGGCCUUCGACAAAGAAAAAAAAGAAAAAGAAAGUGCUUUCAGGAUUAGAGAAAAGUUCCAAGGAUGAAAAAUCAAGUCCACAAUCUACUGACACCCCAGAACACCAAGAUGCCCCUGGUAGCGCAGAAGUUGAAAGGACGAUUCGAAAAUCUACAAGAACUGCCGUCAUUGUCAGACAAGCCGAGAGAGAUGCCAUUCGUGCAGCUUUGCAAGCAACAGCCAAGCCAAUUAAAAGGAAAAAGGAGGGCGAGGAGAAGAGGAUGACUCAAGAAGAGAUGCUUCUGGAAGCAGCUCAAACAGAAAUCAUGAAUUUGAGAAAUUUAGAGCGUGUGCUAGCCAGGGAGGAAGAAGUUAAGAAAAGAGCAAUUGUGCACAAAGCUGUCUAUAGUGACCCCCAGAUACACUACAUCUCAAAAAAUGGUUGUACAUAUAUAGAAUUCAGUAAAGGAGCAUCAUUUGAGUCAGAGAUUUCAACAGCACCAAUUCCAUAUAAGGAGAAAGCUGUUUGUGCUGUGACAGGAAUGCCUGCCAAGUAUCGUGAUCCAAAGACAGGGUUACCUUAUGCCAGCAAAGAAGCUUUCAGAGUAAUUCGUGAACGCUUUGUAGACGACAAUGGCAGCAUUAAAAAGGAAAUGGACAUGGGGAAUUUAUUUGAUUCACUUUCUGGAAACGGGUUUUUGGCUAGGCGGAAGAGGACAAUAAACGCAAAUAGAAGUAUGAUGCCACGUUUCCAGAACUUUGCUAUUUUCCCCCGCACUCCAGCUUCUGAAGAUGACGAUUCAGAGUAGUGAUUUCAUUCUGGGAAGUAUUUCUGUUUUUAGUCCUGCUUCUUGUUUGUCAUUUUCCCUUUUGUGAUAUUACUUUUACGGUUUUACUCUUCUAUUUGGGAAAAGAACGAUAUUUGAUAUUAGCAUUUCAAAAUGGAUGUUUUGAAUGGCAAAAGAGAUCUAUACAGCAAUGACAACCAUGUGGCCUAAAGCUUGGGGGAUCGUAAGUUGUCUUGAUGGCUUGAGGUUUGAAAUAUUUUUUACCUGUGUUCGUCUAUAGGCAACAACGUCAUCCGUGGAUGCAUUCUCUAGUCGGAAAAGAUAUUGAACUUGAUGGCGGAUGGUUUUAAACCAAUCGGUAUUCUUUUGAUAGAUGAGCAUCUCAAUAGAAUGAGUCUUGGAUUAAACUAUUUGUGCGAUGGAUUUCCUGCAUAAAAUAUCCUUCGGCUUGGACUGGGCCUAGUCUGUCAGAGUGCCAGCUUUCAGUUCAAGGCUCUAGAUAAUUGCCUUUCAUAAUUUACAGAGAUUUAGCUACUUCUGCAGCAGUUGGGGAACUUUGGAUGCGCAAGUCAGUGUGAUAUUCUUACACAGAAUUGAUGUGGCGGUGGCUCACAAUGUAUGAGUAAAUGGGAAACGUAUCCCCCAACAACAUUUGCUUCUUCCCAUUUAUAGCAAGCCUUUUUUU